CGUAUGGUUUGAAUUGCGUUAAAAGUUUUAAAUUAUUCAGGACCGUACGAUAUUUAGACUUAUUUAAAUAAAAUUUUUUAUGUGAAGCUUACAUAGAAAGCAAAGGAGAUGAUAUUUUCUAAAUCAGCAAUAUGGUUACUUUGCGCUUUGUUGUUGUUAUCGGUAUUUAUGGCAAAUUUACUGAAUAUUAUUGCGACAGACCAAAACUUCUAUUCAGACAAUAAAAAUUUAUCAGUAAAUUACACAAAGCAUUUAGAGAGAAAAAUUGGACAAAUCACAGAUACAUCGGAAAAUCUUAUAUGGUUCCUACAAAUUUCAGAUAUACACAUCAGUAUAUUUCGGGAUCCCGGGAGAAUAACGCAGUUUCAACAAUUUUGCGACAGUACAGUGAAGAAAAUUAAGCCAAUGGCUGUUUUAGCCUCUGGUGAUUUAACAGAUGCAAAAGCCAAAGAUAAUUUAGGUAGUUCUCAAGUAAAACAAGAAUGGGUAUAUUACUCUAGCAUCAUCAAAGAAUCUGGUGUUACUGCUGACACCAUUUGGCUAGAUAUCAGAGGCAAUCAUGAUAAUUUUAACAUAAGAAGUAUUAAUUCAGAAGAAAAUUAUUUUAAAAACUAUUCAGUUCAAGGGCCAAAUCAUCCAAAAUCUUAUUUACAUGUACUUGAAAAGAAUGGAGUCAGCUUAGCAUUUGUUGGUAUAGAUGCUUGUCCUGAGCCUGGUUUACGGAGACCAUUUAAUUUUAUUGGUAUGUUAGAUGCACAAGAACAGCAAAUGUUAGAGAAACUCAAGAAGGAAGCUGAAUCUAAGGCUGAUUAUAUUGUUUGGUUUGGUCACUAUCCUACAUCAUGUAUUAUAUCCAUAGAAAAAGAUUCUGAAAGAUUGGAUUUACGUCAGCUCAUAGGGAGCAGUCCAGCUUCAAGAGCAUACUUGUGUGGUCAUUUACAUGCUAUGGGAGGUCUAGUCCCAAAAAUGUACACGAAGCAAAAGAGGGGAUUUUUAGAACUUGAGUUAGAAGAUUGGAAAGAUAACAGAAUGUAUCGUUUGGCAGCAAUUGAUCAUGGCCACUUUUCGUUUGUAGAUCAAAAACACAAUGUAUGGCCACUUGUCUUAGUGACUAAUCCAAAACAUGCCAGAUACAAUUUACCAGGACGGGAACCUUUAAAUCUUAUACAUAGUUCCACAUAUAUUAGGAUUAUUGCAUUUAGUGAUGUGAAUAUAGACAUGGUGAAAGUAUCUUUUGACAAGGAUAGUUGGAUGAAUUGUCUUCACAAGGAAGGACCUUUGUAUGUUUGUAAAUGGCUACCACACUUGUUUAAUAAUGGCUUACAUUAUUUAUAUGUUGCUGCUACUGAUGAGUUGGGAAGGGAAGCCUUUUUAAAACAUCCAUUUUCAUUAGAUGGCACCUCAGUAUAUUUUGAAAUUAUACCAAGAAUAUUAUUAAUGGUUAACGGUGGGACAGUGUUUCAGUCAAUUUUUGGAACUCUAUUGAUAAUUAAUGUUCUGCCUUUAGUUAUUUUGCGCUUUCAUAAGACCCCUCCGAAAAUACGAAGACGGUAUGGAUAUAACUUUGUAAAGAGGGUGUGGCUACUAUCAAAAAUCGAUAGAGUGUUUUGGCCCAUUGUAUUGUAUGCAAUUUAUUUACCAUUUGGUCCGUGGGCCAUUGGCAAACUUUUAGAUGAACAUAUUGGAGUUAUAUUUGCCUGGGGAAUAGUUAUAAAAGGAGUAUUCCUGCCUGAACCAUUUACCUAUAUGUAUGGUGGUGUACAACUAAUGUUUAUUCAAAUACCAUUAGUACACAUUUUGGCCUACUGUUUAGAGAUUCGGCUGUUCAAGAGUAAUAUAAGAGGUGCUCGACGUUUGAUUAUGCAAUUACCAUUUAUAUUUUUACUCAGCAUUCAAUUGUUAUUGGCAUAUUUUUUCUGGUUGGAGUAUGGUACAUUGUCAUUUUUGUUUGGACCACUGCGGACUUGGAGUGUUGUGUUAACGAUACUGCUCUGGUAUAGAACCAUCACAUUACCUGUCGACUAUUGCAGCAAAUUAAGGAAAUUGGAUCAAACACCAACAUAAUAAAUUCAAUGUAAUGAAGAUUUUGCAGAAGUGAAGCAGUUUUUAACUUGCAUUCCAGACGAAACAGAUCAAGACAAUAGGUAUGAUAUUAAUUAUUAAGAUAUUAUUAAAUAAUAACAAUUACCCGCGUGUAGACUUUCCGACAGCUUUAUGACUUCACACACACACUGUAUGGUGUAGAUUGUUAAUAGAAAUGCCAUACAAAAAAAAAAUGACUAAGCAGUUUUCCUUUUUAUAAAGCUAUGAACAUAAGAGAAAUAAAAAUAAAAACUAGUCUGGCACAGAUUAAUCUAGAUGAUUGAUAAACUACGUGUUGCCCUCUUUGCAUCGCGAUUGCACUCUGCAAGUUUAUGAGAAAUUCAAAUAUUAUUUUCAUUCUUUGUUUGUAUUCGGUACUAGUAUUUUGUUUUAUCGUCCACAAUAUAUACAAACCGAAUAUCGUUUGGGUAUACUAUUAACUGUAUUAAUAAAAUUAUGUCGCCCAGUAUAAGACGUUAUAUUUUAUAAAUUUAUUUUUCUUUUGUAAUUCUUUUACUCAACCAAAAAGAAAGCUUCGCGUUUUGUUUAGAGAAAAGGCCUGGGUAGGGGGAAGCGGUGAUCAUCAUCGAAUGUUAUGUGUUUGGUCUACCGAGCACUAGAAGUUAAUAAAAGUAACACAACUAUCAAUUAUCUUUUAUUAAUUUUCGUCAUAAUGACUGAAUAAACCAAAUAGGAAUUGUGUAAAAAAAAUUAUUUUAUUUUAUUGUAAGAGAAGCUUAAAAUUAUUUGUUUUUAAUGAAUCGUAGAAAUUGAACAAAAAAACGGUGCUUUCAUCGUAUUUACGAGCUUUAACACAUUCAAGUAUUCUAUGCAAUUUGUAAUUUUGAAUAUUUUUACCGUAUUUAACUAUUUGUAUACUGAAAGUAAAAGUGAUAUAUAAUUAUAAAAGUAAAAGCAAUAUGCGUGACUAACGGCUGUGAAAACUGAUGUAAUCUAUUUAACUUUAUUUUCACGUAUGCAAAAAGAAUUGUCUAAUGGCGAUUUAAAAUGAAUUUUGCAUCCACACUGUAGCCUGUACUUAAAGUUGAAAAUCGCUUAUCAAAUUUGACGAACCGCGCAUUCGUUCCGCAGGUUUCUAAAAAAAAAACUUUUCCUACAAACGAAUUAAAAUUGUGAUAUAAAUUUCAAAACAUCCGUCUGCAAUAAUUUAAAUCGUGUAAUAUGUUUUUAUUAAUGAAAAAUUUAAACGGAAGUUUUGAAAAAUAUUUAAUUUAUUAUUAUUCUUUUUCAAGUCGAGAACAUAAUACUUUUGUUUAUUCAAUUCGUUUUAUUGUUUUUUUUCUCCUCCACUAAUAGUACUUUUUGUUCUUAUUUUAUUUACUUUAGGUACAUUGUAUCUCUACAAUGAUACUACAUAACAUUUAUGAUACUAUAUUUUAUUCGUUUUUUUAUUAGACAGCGUUUUAAGACAAGUAAAAUUUUAUUGUGUCUGUAACGAGAAUAAAAUGGCGCCACCUACGGGCUGCGUUACUUCGAGAUCGAAGUGAUGUUAGUUUAUAUUUUUCGUGUUUAUUAAAAUAAAAUGAUUAUCAUAAUGUAAUCGAAGUCGUUAACGGCGAUUUUGCAAUUAUUUAUUUAUCAAAGAAAACUUUUUGGGUACAUUAUUGUAAACUGAACGCACUAUUUAUUAUCUGUGCCGAAGUUUAAAGGUUUUAAAAAGAGUUCAAGUUGCAAAAAUCAUAAAACCAUAAACUUUGUAUCAAAGGAAAAAUAAUAAUCAAGUAACUAGACAAUUAAAAUUGUACAAUAAAAAUAAAUUAUUUAUUUUUAGCUUUAAGUAGAAAUUGAAGAAAGUUGUUCGUUUUUGAUGAUUCGAUAAAUGAUUAUGUAAAAAAAAAACUUUAAUAUAAAAAAAUCUCUCAAUAUGGUAAUGUAAUUAAGUUUAAUUUCUUCAGGUUUUGUUUUGGUUUCCGAGUAAUUAAAACAAAACAUACACGUAAAAUAAACCUUGAAUACAAUAGAAUCUUCAUCUGUCCUCACCAAUUCUAUUUAAUUAUAACUUAUAUAAUGUAUUAAUCUACGUCAAUUCUACAGAAAACGAACUGUUUUUUUCUGUUUUGUUCUAAAACCUUUUUUAGCUUUUUUUCACUUCGCACACAGCUGCAUCAGUUCAAUUUAAAUUAUAUUAUCACUAGUUUCUAGCUGUGGCUUGGCUCGCGUGUUCAAAUAUCAAUGUAUUUUCCCGUGGGAUUUAGAUGUUUUUUCGGGAUAAAAGGGAGUCUAUGUCACUCUUCUGACCUAGUAUUAUCACUUUAAAAUAGAUUUUUUUAUUUUUAUUGCCCUUGUAUGCAGACGAGCAUACGGCCCACCUGAUGGUGAGUGGUUACCGUCGCCCAUGAACUUCAGCAAUGCCAGGGGCAGAGCCAAGCCGCUGCCUACCGCUUAAUGUAAAUCCAUCAUUCCUUUUUGACGUGAAAGAAAAUCAAACAAAUCAGCAGACUUGCACAUUAUUAAUAUUAGUGUGGUUAAUUUAUUGGUGAAUUCACGCAAUAUUAUUUAAUAGAUUGAUAAUAAAUGUCACUUGAUAGUCUGAUUCUAGUCUAAAUAGUGUUUAUAUUAUCUUAUUAUCGGAUUGUUUGAUGUAUUAAUCAAAAAUUUAUAAAAUUUACUAUUUAUGGAAAAAAAUAUUUCGUGAAAAGAUUAUUCUACAAGUCAAUAUAAUUAAUUGAUUUAGAGGCUAUGGAUUGUUUUAGUCAAUAUUCGCUGAUUCAUGUUGAGUAAGAUGUCUAAUGUACCAUACCACCAAUAACCAUUUUCACUGUUAAGAAGAAACCAGAUAUGAGGGGAGGCUGAUAUUAUAAUAUUAUAUUUAUAAUAUGAUAUUAUAAGUAAUAAAUAUGUGUUACAUUAAAUUGUGAAUUGAAUGGUUUUAUAAAAAGUGUUGUUUCCUACUUAUAUGCAUGCCUUUUACAAGUAAUAAAAUAUUGAUAGGUAAAAAAAAAACUUUCAAGAAAUUUGUCAUAAAAUGGCAUCUAUGGUUUAAAAAUAAAUAUUGUGCUUUAACACGCUCGUACGUUUUGUUCGCUCCACACAAUAAAAUUAAUUUAUUUUAAUUAGAAUUAGUGUAUUAUCAUAUCCUCACAAUACGCCAAAUACUAUUUUUUUGUUCUUAGAAUACUUAAAGAGUUAUAAGAAAAUAAUAUUUUAACUAUAGUAUUAUUAGAGUUUCUGGUUAUUUAAGGUAUAUUAUGAAAAAUAUAAUGGAAUAUUGAAAUCGAAAAUCAGUGAAUUUUACAUGUUUAUUUAAAAUAUUUAUUGACUACAUGGAUUGAUAGCCGAGGGAGGUUUUACUAUUAUUUCGAUCAAUGGUAUACAUUGUAAUGUUACUUAAAUAUUAAGAUCAUAACAAUAUAAUAAAUGAAUGCAUAAUAUAUUCAAAAAGUUAAAUAUAUCUUGUAUAUUUUACUUUUAUAGUAGCAAUAGACAAACAGCUUGCGAUGUAAAUAAUAAUUUUGUUAUUUCUGAUUUUAUCUUAAUUGACUCCGCAUUUAUGCAAAAAGCAGUGUGAAGACAUUUGUUUGUUAUCGAGAUAUUGGAUCCUAGUAUGUAUUAUAUAUACCAUAAGGUUGAUUUUAUAGUCACGUUUUGUAGUCGCGGGUGCGGUAAGCUGAUCGGGCGCUAUUAUAAUACGAACGGUUUUGUUUUAUUGUUCCGCAACUAAGUGACAAAAGAAGAACUUAUUCAUAUAUAUGUGUAUACACUAUUUGGUCACAUAGUUAAACUGGUAGGUGUUUGAUAUUAGUUAUAUAAACAGGUAAUUUAAUAAAAUUUUCCCAAAAUCACAAAAGAUUACUAGUGUAAAAAAAAGAAUGUACUAGUUCAUCCUAAUAAGCGUUAAAGCCUUUCAAGUUAUUUGUAUCGGUUGUUCGGUGCUCUGUAAGUUUCAGCAAAUUUUGCCAUUCAAACCAGAACGCAUCACUGCUACAAAUUAUUUGUCAAAUAGAAAUAGGCACGGAAGUUACACUUACCCUCCGAUAUGGGUAUAUUAUGCCUUUGGACUCAGGAAGCUUGCAGUGAUUUAUCAACUCUCACAGAAGAUAGGGCACAGUUUUUAUUUUGUAUGU